AGAAACUUCAAUCAUGAAAAGACUGUAUACAAUAUAUCAACUCUUCUUAUUACUUGAUCUGAAAAUAUGGCGAAAAAAGGAAAUAAAAGAAAAUCUCACAAGAAGAACAAGAGACCAGCAUCUCAUAAUAACAAAAUCAAUAGUAACAACAGUAACAUAUCCAAGGUGGAAGAGGCCGUUGAGCCUACCAUGACUUCUGAUCUUGCUCAGUCAGACGCGCCGUCACCCUCAACCUCCUCAUCUAUCAAUUCGACAACAAAUAAGGAGGAAAUCAAGCAUUCAGAAGAGCAAGGACAGGAGAAAGAAAAGGAUGUCAAUAAUUCCAUAAACACAGCCACCAUCGACGAAGACACUCUAGGAUCACUUCUGGUGGGCGGUGUCAUUGUGAAAACAAUAUCGUUAAACCAACAAGACGAUGCAAAGGAAAAUUCCCGUUUUGCAAAGGAGUGUUUAGAGUCAAAUACAGCAGAUCAUCGUGCAGCAGAGACAAGAACCCCUGACGAAUCAAUGGCGACCUCGGAGUCAACUUGUCCAUCUGAAGCAUUGGGUACUAACAAUCAAGAAGAAAUCCGUACGACAAGCGUUUCAGAAAAUCAGGUAAACAACUCAAAGACAAUGAUGAAGGUGAAAAAUGAUGAAGCACACGUCCAAAAGGAUGCUGCCAUAGGUGAUAAGAAAGCUGGAUCGCAAGGCCUUAACACUCCUUCUGCUGGCACAGUAAUUCCUGCUAAAGAACGAGAAGAAGAAAAUCCAUCUGUCACUGCUGAUCAUCAAGAACAACAGGAAGCCAAUCUCGGCACAAAUGCGUCUAAGCUAAAUAUUAGCGUUUCCGAUGACGUUGAGCAAUUCGACACAUCACUAACAGCAGCCGCUACAGCCGCAGCAGCAGCACUUGAAGAAAUAGAUAACCUUUUUAGCGUUUCGCAAGCUGCUGUAGAACAAAAGCCUGAUGUUGAUAGUAAUCCUGCAAAUUCAACCUAUCCUUCCGCAGAGAGUAAAGUAAAGGUCUCCGACGCGACAACUGAGAACACUUCAACGCUAGAUGAAGAGAGCUUUCAAAACGCAGCAGUUAACUCAUUUGCAAAGACAACUCCCACCAUUAGCAUAACGGAACCGGUAUCGACUCCAACAGUAGAAGAACCAGAAAGAGAAGAGGAAAACAUAAAAAGUGACAAGAGUGGGGCUAACAGUGUUCAAGAAUAUGACGUGGCAAAUCACUCAACAACAACAACAACAACAACAACAGCAGGAACUAUAGUAACAACAAAAACAUCUGUAGAAAAGCCCGCCUGUACAAAGGAAAAAGAAGAAAAAGCGGAGGCUACUAAUACGACUGAAAAGGAAGGUAAAGCUAACUCUCUCAGUACUCUCGAGAGAAAUAAGCAAGGAGUAGACGAAGGUGAUCAACAGGAACAGCAGCAGCCAAUUGAGCGACAUGAAUCAGUAACCGAAGAAACUUUAACUGUUGGAUCACAAAGUGAACAGUCUGUGAACACUGCAGUAGCUGAAGUUGCUGCAAUAGCAAAGGAAAGCAAAACAUCAUCCACUUUUCUACGUAAGAGUUCAAGUGUGUUUUUACGUAAAGAGUCCGGAAACAAAGAAGACAAAGCUGUAACCAAACGAAAAUCCCAGAUCAUCAGUUUGUUUAAACGUACCGAGAAGACACCUUCUUCACCUUUAACGCAAACAGAAAAAGAUAAAGGAUAUAAAAAGAAAACGGACGAUACGCAAAAACCUGAAGAGAAGCUGAAAAAGCGACGUUCUUGGCUGUUUUGGAAGUCUUCUUCAACGAAGAACGCAAAAACUGUGCAACAGCAUUGAUUACUGAAAUUAACUGCUUAAUACAAAUGUUUUAUUCACUUUACCUUAUAGCUCGUUACUGCUCUAAUAAUUAAUUUCGUGCGAAUUUAUAACAUUCAAUAAUCAACAAUAAAUAGUGUCAUCUCUAUAUGUCUUGCUUUGAAUAACAGUAGCUCAUCAUACUCUAUUUGAAAGAAAAUUACAAAGAUACAUGAGAGUUGCUGACAAACUUAUUAAGAAUGAUAAAGUUUGCAGUCCAGUUUCAUCGGCACCAACGUUCUUUGAUCUUCCGAGGGUAUUAUAAAGCAAGAAUAACUGACUGCAUAGAUCCGUAGAAGUCCCAAAA